UGCUACAAUCCACAGAAAAGCGCCGAGUGCUUGCCGAGCCCCGCAACUCACCUCGCUGUCAUGCACGCCCUGUCGUCGACAACUAUAAGCUCCUCACUGUACAGGCAUAAUUGAUAUUCAAAAGAAGCGCUCGUUGGUGUCCAGCUUCAUCUUCAGCCUGAAUGUCGGUUUCACGUCCUGCAACAACAACCACCAGACUUCGAACAUAUCCAAUCUUGCAGUCAAGAGCCAUGGCUUCCGCAUCGUCCAAGUGUGAAUGGCUCGUCAUCGUGCCUGACUUUGAGGGCGCAUUGCAGAAAAGAUUGGAAGUUAGACAAAAACACCUCGGUGGCAUCACGCCCGAGCCGGACUUCUGGAUCAUGGGCGGCGCUUUCAUGGGGUCCAAGCCCAAAGAGGGCGAGACGCCUGACAUGAAGGGCAGUGCUAUGAUAUGCUAUGCCGAGAGCGAGGAGGAAGUCAGGGCUAGGCUUGAGAUUGACGUGUAUGUCACGAGCGGAGUGUGGGACAUGAGCAAGGUUCAGAUAUAUCCCUUUCGGAGUGCUGUAAGGAAGGGUCUUUGAUGCCACAUGGGAACGGACAUGUCCUCCCUUGCAAACAGAAUGUUUAUCCUUGGCUGCUCGCAUUGUUCACGGGUAUCUUUCCUCGAUGCGGCGUCAUGAUCUCGUGCGAUGCUUUGUGUAUUGCCACCCAAAACACUAUGUGCGUGAUUCGUAG